AUGCCAGCUGCGAUCCGCAACCUGCGGAGCGAUCCUCAGCUCCUCUUCGUUCGCCUUCCAAAUCUUCUAUCUUUGCUCUGCAUCGUCGUCGGCGUUGUCUGGCUGCUCCUCCUCCCCUUGAACGACUACUCCCGACAAACCUACAUCUCCGAAAAUGCGCUGCUACCGGGCCAGGUGCAUGCCUAUUUCACUGGUAGCGAGCAGAAUAUCUUCCGAGGCUACAAGAAAGAACUGGAAGGUUUGAUAAACGAGGAACGUGAGGACGGGGCCCAGAAUCCCGAGGUGGAAUCAACUCCAGCGAUCUCGAAUAAGAUCCACUCGAUCUUGCAAGCUGCCGGUUUGAAAGUUGCGACCCAGAAAUACGAAUACACAUCUGCCGGUAUCACACAUCGGGGAGAGAACGUCUAUGGGAUUAUUCAUGCGCCGCGGGGCGAUGCGACAGAGGCAAUCGUGUUGGUGGCAGCAUGGAAGACUGCAGACGAUGAAUUGAACCUGAAUGGUGUGACCCUGGCCCUCACUUUAGCGAGGUACUUCAAACGCUGGUCGCUGUGGUCCAAAGAUAUCAUCUUCAUUUUCCCACCCGACAGCAAGACCGGAACUCAGGCAUGGAUCGAUGCCUACCAUGACCUCCACCCAUCAUCUGUGCAACCUCUGCCAUUGAAGAGUGGAGCAUUGCAAGGCGCGCUGGUCAUCGAAUACCCUUUCGAUCACCGCUUCAAGACGCUCCACAUCGUCUACGAUGGGGUUAAUGGCCAAUUGCCGAAUCUCGAUCUCUUCAACACAGCCGUGGCCAUCGCAGGUGGGCAAAUGGGCAUCGGAGCCAAUCUUCAAGAGAUGUGGCAGCAUGACGACAGCUACGAGGCGCGUCUGAAGACCAUUCUGCGAGGCAUGACCAAGCAAGGACUUGGCUAUGCCACUGGAGCGCAUAGCAGCUUCAUGCCAUAUCACAUCGAUGCCAUCACUCUCCAGCCUAAGGGCGAAGGCUGGGAAGACGAAAUGGCUUUAGGUCGGACGAUCGAGAGUCUCUGUCGCAGCUUGAACAACUUGCUCGAGCACCUCCACCAGAGUUUCUUCUUUUACCUGCUCAUGCAGUCCAACCGUUUCGUCAGUAUUGGAACAUAUCUGCCCAGUGCCAUGCUGCUUGCCGGUAACUUUACUAUCAUGGCAAUCGCACUGUGGAUGCGGACAGGCUACCACUCGGACCCUAAGCUGAGUGGCCCCACUGGUUCUGAGUCUUCCAAGUUAAAGAGCGAGAAGUCCUCCAGUCCCGGUACUCAGAAAGAUGUUGCUGAGACCAAAACUGAUGGAAGUGCCGUUGCGGAACGAGUUUUGGCUUUGCCACUUACUCUUGUCAGCGGACUGCAUUUGCUGGGCUUGGUUCCGUUGUGGAUAUUCAAUACCAUCUUCCAUCAGUAUUUCACGACCGUGACAUAUAUCUUCGUCGCCGUAGAUAUCGUCCUUCCAUUACUUCUGGCCGCACUACUCUCCAAUGGCUUGGGUAUCUCGACGCCCAUCGUUCGUCAGCAGUACCUCUUGAUUAAGUCUUUCGCGCUGCUCCUGCUUGGCCUCUCGCUUUCCACUCUGGCGACCCUCAAUUUCUCCCUCGCCUUUAUGAUCGGUCUUCUCUGUACGCCGCUCAGCUUUGUUGUCCGUCUCGAAGGUGCUGCGCCAUUGCGGUAUGCCAUCUCCAGCCUGGGGCUAGUACUGCUGAAUAUUCUUUCUCCACCCACAGUUCUCAUCGGCAUCUGUUGGUAUACAGGCGUGCCUAUUGAGACUGUCUUGACACAAGCUGCCUUUGGCUGGGAUGUGUGGGGUAUGUGGACACAAGUGGUGGUCUGGUGUGUGUGGUGGCCGGCCUGGCUGAUUGGAUGUGUCUUGCUGGGAUCCUCUAUGUUUUAA